UUGUCACACAGAGUAAGCAAGAGGUCGGGUGAGUGACAGAAAGGGAGGAGCAAACAGAACGAGAGAGGUAAAGAGUUUCAUAAGGGUCAGGUGGAGAGACAGACCUCAGCAUCCAUGGUGCCUGUGUAGACAGCUGUUUGAUAGACAGCUGAAGGCAAAGGGACUCGAAUUAUGUUUUUUCCUCUGUGGAAAACAAAUGGAGAAGUUAGGCAGAAUGUCCAAGCUGGUCUUUUCAUGACAUGACAUGAGCUAUUUGCUGAUCGUACAGUGGCUAUAUGUUUUUUCUGUCAAUUUUGGAACUUGACAGCCCCCCAUCCCAGUUCAGUUUCAUUGUAUGGAAAACUGCCAGGACAUUCAAAAACAUGUUUUUGCAUUCCAAAAUAGGUUUGGAAUGACAUGACGGAUCCAAGUAGUGAUGAAGCAUUACUGCUAUACCCCUCUCCUCAUCUUCAUAUUACUUUAUGGGACUGCCCAGUCCAGUCACACACAAAUGGAGGGACUGUCCUGUGUGAAUGACUAUUUGACAAACAUUUCCUGUGUGUGGUGGAACUCGGAUUUCACCCACCAGCGAUGUGAGCUUGAGGGGGACAGGGAAUUUGGGAGAAUUCCAAAAUGUGAGCUGGUGCCACUGAAGAGUCAUUCAUAUCUAUUGAGAGGUUGUUCUGUAACCUUUGAGGAAGUGAACUUUUUCUUUGCUGAUAGGAUCUGUUUGAGAGUGUUUUGCAAUGGAUCUCUCAUUACUAAAAUGCAUUAUCAUCCUGGCCGACACAUUAAGACGCACCCACCAGAUAAGCCAACUGUAAGCGGAGCCAACAUAACGUGGAGUCGAGGCAUUAACUUUCCAAACGACAUUGAACAUUAUGAAUUUGAGCUACAGUUUAAACAAGCAAACACAAGCUGGGAGAUGGCAAGAACUCAGUUUGUGUCCCAUGGAAGUUCCGUAGUUCUGAACAAUAAUGAACUGACUGUAGGACAAGAGUAUCAGGCCAGGGUGCGUGUGAAGCCAGUUGAACCAAUAGAUGCAGGUUACUUAAAGGGGGAAUGGAGUGACUGGAGCCCUGCUGUGUCCUGGCGGUCUGAGACUGGGAAGACAGAACCAGAGGAAAACCCACCACUAGUUCUAAUCAUUGGCUUCCAUGUUUUACUUGUUCUUGCUGGCAUUUCUUUGAUUAUCUACAAGGUCAAUAAAAGCAGCUGGCUAUUAAAACCAAAACAUCAACAUGUUCCAGAUCCCUCCAAAUACUUCCAGCCUCUUCACACCGUUCAUGGAGGAAACUUCCAGAAAUGGCUGGGCUGUCAGAAUUCUGUUGGGCCAUAUUUAACCCCACAGUCUCAUGAUGACAUCUCACCUAUCGAGGUCUCUGACAUAUGGGACGUGUCCUUGAUGGACUCCAACGUUCGGAUGUCUACAGCCACACUCCUUCACUCCAAUCAGGCAGACUCUGGCCUCGAGAACAGCGGAACCAGCCAUGCAUCCUCGUCCGGUUUCUCAAAUAUUGGCUACUUCUACAGCAAAUCCCGUUCAGGGUCCUUGUAUCUAGAAACCUGUCCAGUGUAUUUCACCUACCACCCUGAGGAAGGCCCAAACCCUGCUCUCUCGUCGUCCAGCUCUUACGAACGUUUGCAAAACCCAAGUUAUAAAGUUGAAGUGCCAUUGAGUCCAGAAUCUGGAUUUGACAUGGAGAAGCAUUAUGAGGAAGACCCUGAUGAUGAAGAAAACAAUGAAGAGGAGACCAGUGUGACUGAAGGAAAUAAUUUGGUUUCCUACAUUAUCUCAUUGUCACAGGGUUCCUUGGGUUCAGUUCGCCCCAUAGAGAGUUUUCCUCCCAUUACCGUCUUCACACCCUGUCCUGAAUUUGUGAGAGCGCCUAGCUGUAGUUUAACCUCUGAGCCUGCAGACGGCGCUGUGGUCAGACCCUCCUCUAUGAUCGAGCACUGUGGGAGUGGGUAUCUGACCCUGAAAGAGAUGCAGAAAUUCAGCAACAAAUCCAUCUGAGUGCAGGUCUUUUUGUGUCUCCAUCCAUUGUUUAUGUGCAUUAAUUGGCUGUAGCUCUACAAAUUGUAGAAAUCCAACACCUGGCAAGCUGUAUGGGCUAUAUUAUGACAGCUUUGAAUAGUUAAGGCCACGUCCACAACAGUACGUUUUCGGUUGAAAACUGAGUUUUAUGUUUCCUAACAUCAUCGGGUUUUUUUUGUUUGUUUGUUUGUUUUAAAUAUGCUGUACUAGCGAUCAUCUUCGAAAAUCCCAGUUUUUGGUGGAGAAAAACGGCGUUCCAGUGGGGAUGAGCAGCGUAAAUGUAGCAAAUGCGUCAAUGCGUUUUCAAUCAAAAUAAUAUUUUUGUGGACGUGAUCUAAGAUUCUGUUCUACAGCGGCAUUAUAAGCUAGAUUUUAAGUCAACAUAAAAUUAAAACUGACCGUAUUUAUUGCUUAAUACGUUCCUCAUUUUACUGUCCACGUUUUAAUUUGAAGUUUUAUUCAUAAACUUUUAAGUUGCUCCGCCUCUGAGAUGACUUUCCUUUUCAGAUGAUGUCACAAGGCUGCGUGGGCUAUUUGUUAAUUGGAGCCAAUUAACUAUUCAGGCAUUGUUCUAGGCUACUGAUGCAGGCAAUGUAGCCUUUCUAAAAAUUGCCGAUAGUUCUAAUCAGGAAGACUUGCAGACUUGAGUGAAAUUUAAGAUGACAUUUAUUUGAUGGAUAUAAAACAGAAAUGUAAUGUCUCUCUUUGGCGUAAGCCCCAUCUGGCGGUCCAAAGAAGUUGUACAUGGAACCAUCAUAUCCUGCCGGAGAUAGGAGUCAGGGGCGAGGAGCCUACCCCCGUGCAGGACGGGACUCAACUGGAGGUGGUGGGGUGGUGGAGGUUGCCGUGUUAGCACACUGAAACAGCAAUGUGAUAGAUUGUGAGCAGACUUAUAAAGCAAUGGCUUACAUGUGAUUGGCUAGGAGUUACCUAGCUAAUGGUGCGAUGAUGUACAGCUGCUAGUCUUCCCGCUAGAACCAAGCUGCGCUUACAUUUAACGCCGCAUUUUACGUCACUUUUUUUGUUGUCGUUUUUUUGUUUCGGUCAUCUUGGAGCUACACUGACACCUAGCGGCAUGGUUAUAGCAUCAUUCAAACUCAAAAGUUUUCUGUUCCCAAAUCCUUUGUAGAAGUUCACUAUUCACAUUCAGCCAUGAUUAUUUUAAUCCAUGAGUGAAAGUGUCCAAUAACAGGGUGGUUACUGAGACUAAGGGAGCAGUAUUCGGCUGGUCAUGUGAUUCUAACAUGGCUACCCCUGUGUGUGGACCAUCUUCAUGUAGAAUAAAACCACUUUUAUAAUGUUACUGAUAUGACUGGAAUCUUCAUUUUAAUGCGAGUGCUCAUGAUUUUAUACAUAUGUUAAAAAAAUUACGAUUUAUGUCUUUAAGAGUUACACUUUCUUAAUGAGGAAAACAAAUACUGAGUUUACCUUUAAUAUUUAUGUAAAAAGGUUACAAAUAGCACAGUUGUAAUAGCAAAUAAUGAAAAGUAAGUCAAGAUGCACUGGAGCCUGAACUUAACCUUAAGUCUACACGUCCUGGUCACCAUCUUGUUUUCAUUCUCUCCACAAUCAGCUGCACACUCGCAUUCAGCUCUGACUUCAUUCUUAUAUGGAAAGCCUAAAUUUCAUAUUCCAAUCAAUUUGUCGUUUCAUGCCGAUUUUAAAGUGUUUGAAUUUUGUUCAGCACACACUGUAUGAAGGAAAGCAGUAUGUCUGUAGUAUCCAAGUCUGCUUUUAUAAAUCUAUUAAUGUUUUUUUUUUUUUUUUGGUUUUGUUUUUUUUACCAUUAUUCAUUGUAGCCUGUAUAACUUUAAUGAUCUGUUGAAUAAAUUGCCACCACUAAGCUUUUAUAUUGCUUUUAUAUUACAGUUUAUAUAUAAUCUCUCAAAUUAUUAUUGACUAAUUAAUGAUUUGGCAGUAAAAUCUCUCUUUUUAAUAGAGUUUUAAAAAGUUGGCUUAAUUUUUGCUGCUAUUGUUUUUUCAUCUUUAAAGUUACUAAAUGUUAUGAACAUGGUAUAAAUGCUGCUUAAGAAAUAUGUGAACAACAGUUUUAUAUUCAGGGGGACAAUUCAUGAACGCAAACGGCUGUUAUUGGUUCAAUAAAAACCUCUCAACAACACUCCUAUGUAUUUCUACCAUAUUGUGAGAUUCAUAUGACUUCUAAAAUAAGAUUCAAAUGAUUGAAGUGGCAUUAUUUGUAAUUAUUUUAUAACAGUUGUGGAUUGUACCUUUUUAGAGUAUCAUUCAUUCAUGUAAUGCUGUGAUAUAUUCACUUUUUUGUAUAAAGAACACAAUUAUUUGGAAUGUUUUUGGUUGUUAUGUUACAGUUUGUUUGUUUUUUUACUUUUUAAGUAUUUUCUGUAGUUACUCUUGUAUAUCAUUCAAAUUUAAAUAUAAAAAAAUAAAUGACAAAA